GGGGUUAGUGAGAGAAACCGUUAGAGGGCGGCGCGCGCAGCCCGGUGGGGACCGUUACGGUUGGUGACAGGCGGCACCGCGGGGCUCGGGGAGGGAGAGGAGGAGGAGGAGGUGGAGGAUGUUCGCUGAGAUGGAUUUGCUGCUGGACAAGGUCCCCUCACCCACAGCCACAGCCACAGCCUCCGGGCCCGGAACCAGCGCCGACUCGUGGCCUGGGAGAGCGACACGGACAGAUGGUUGUGGUUCAUUAAUAACAGGAGUUCAUUGUCGCAAAAAGAAACUUUCAAAGAGACCAGGGUACAUGAAGAAAGAUGUUCAGGAACAGUUAAGUCACCAACCAGUUGUUGGUUUUCAUUUGACACCACAGCAGGUAAAAAACAACAGAAAUACCUGCGGAGAUUUUUCUUCUGACAUUAUUAAACCUGAGGGACAUUGUUUAAACAAUCCAAAGUGUCUAAGGAAGAACAAAAUCACAGAGCAUCAGAAUACAUCUUCAAAGCACAUAUCUGCAAGAAAUACAACUUUCGGGACAAAUAUAAUUCCAUUACAAAAUAAUCGGUAUUCUGCUGCAAACUGUCAGUGGACUGACUGUGGUGGUGGUUCAUGUUACACGGAAAUUAAUACUGUUACAGAGCAAUUGUCAGAAGGGUGUCGACAGAAACAGGAUGUCUGGCCUACACUGUAUAAAAAUGAAAAUACUAUGAAUAUUACCAAGCCACAAUCAAUGCCUGAUCUGAAUAAACCACUGUACAGUGAAAAGAUACAAAUAGCACAGCCCCAGGAUACAGACGAAGAGAAAGCCAAGUUAGCUGAUAUCUUCAAUUCCAGCUUCAGUUUUAUACAGUUGUCAUUAAAUUCAAGCAAUACUAAUUCUGACUGUGUAAAUGAACUCCAGCAAGAUAGGUGUGCUUCAGGUUCACUGCUACAAAAACAAGAACCACUGCAGAACCAAGGUUAUAAAGUUAGUACAUCAGCAACAGAGCAGUUCUGCACCAGACGUUUGUGGGAAGAUGUUGAAACUUCUUGUUGGCAUUCCUGUCAAAAUGUUAAUAAAUUUGUUAAAGCUACACAAUCAAAGGAUGGGCCUCAGGAUUAUGACUUGCUGUCAUUAGAUACCGAUGCCCCACUUCUGUUCUUAGCUGAUUCUUCUGACGGCUCUUCUGCUGGUUCAUCUGUAACUUCAGGGUAUGGGAGCAGUAUUACUGCAGUUGACCAGAGAUGUAAUUCUUUAAUGAGGAAAUAUGAACCGAUUAUUCAAGACUGUCUGCUUGAAAACAGGACACAAAUAAAGCUGCAAUCCUUGAUUCUGAAGCUGCAGAAGCUUCAGAAAAAAGCUGUUCAGGAAGAUGAUUAUGAAAAAGCUGAUAGUUUCAAUAAGAAGUUGGCAGAGCUGAAACAGGAGAAGAGUUCCUUAAAGUUCCAGCUACCUUCCUAUCAACCUUGUAUUGCACGAUUUUUGGAAAAAGUCCAACUUCAAGCACAAGUUCCUGUGAACGAGACUUCUACAAUAUUUUCUAACAAUGCAGGUAAUUUCCACUUGAAAAGUUUUGAAAAUGAAGCUUCAGAUACAAGUCCUGUAAACCUACAGAUAUCAUGGUCAAGGAGAACUCAGCUUAUUCAAGAAAAGCAAAAGUUGCGGAAAGAAAUUGCUGAUCUUAAAGGACAACUGGUAGUAUUGGAAACUAAAGAUCAUCAGCUGAACUUGGCAAUGGAAGAAGAAAAGAGACUCAUCCAAUCACAGGAUUCUGAACUUUGUUUCUUAUCAACUGUGUCAGCUAAUGAAUUACAAGAACUGAACAAAUCUUUGAAUGAUAUUCUGGCCUUGCGAAAUCAAAUUGUCUUCAGUGCAGAACUUCCAGAACAUAUAAAGAGGCUCCAGAAGAAAGAACAAUCACUAAGCAUUGCCAUAAAGGCAACAACUGCCAAGGCCUUUAGCAGUCAGAAAUUGUGCAAUAACUUGAGGAAGAAAGUGAGCGACAUUGAAACACAACUUCCAAUUCUCUUUGAAGCCAAAAUGUUAGCUGUCUCAGGGCAUGAAUUCUCCACUGCUAAGGACCUUUCUGAGGAGAUCAAAUCAUUGACUACUGAUAAAGGCAGACUUGAAGAACUUCGCUGUGAUUUGCAAGCUUUAAGUACCUGGAAUGCACAGAGACUUGAAGUAGUCAGAGAAGAUUACAGCAGGUUGAAGACAGAACUGCAGCAAGAAGAGGAACAAUUUGAAAAGAGAUUAAAGGAAAAUGUAUUUAAAUAUAUGGAAGUGCUAGAAGACAAGAUAAAUGGUUGUGGAAGCCAGUUGCUUGAGAGAAUGUUCGAAGCAGACUUGGAGGCCUGUCAGCUGUUUGUCAGAGGUUUACAGCUAAAAGAAGCAAGUUACUUUGCCUCUGAAGGGGACGAGUACCGGGCAGAUGAAGAAGAUGAGGCCAUUGAAGAUCCAUGCUCUGAGAUUAAGGAUAAAAUGGAAUCUGUCUUUUCUCAAGAGCAUGAUUUGUGUGCUGUUCGUCAACAAAAGGAAACUGCUUCAGCUGAGAAUUCAAGAAAAUGCUCACUCAGCAUCCAGAAUACAUCAACAAAGGUUGUUUGUGAAGGUCUUGCAGUAGACAUUGGAGAACAGUGUGAAGCAAUCAGUGACCAACUACUAAGCUUGGAAGAUCAGCUGCUAACUGCAACAGAUAAUCAUGAUGACUGUCUCACUCAGUCUCUACAGAGAGAAAUCCAGAUGGUGAAAGAAACACUACAUGCAAUGCUGAAACAGCUUUUGCCAUUAGAAGAGGAAGAAGAAGAAUCAGAAGACUUUGUAGUUGGCAGCCGGUGACUAAACAAGAACCUGCUUGAAAUCACCUGAUGUUGGAUUACACUUCGUAUGGGAUGAUCGUCAGCAACCAAGUUAAGAUUUAGCGACCCUUAAGCUUGCUUCCAUCAACAAUAUAAAUGGUAACUGAAACAAUUACAUACAGUUACCAAAAUGGACGAUAAAUACUACUUUUAGGUCACUUGAUUUGGCCAGAAAUGAAUGAAUGUUUAUUGGCUCAUAUUAUAACUUUUCCAGUUGUAAUUUUAACCAAAUACAACUGUUCUACUAACAUUAUGGCGAAACCUGGCACAUCUAUAAACUUGUCACAAGAGCCAUUGUCGAUCUUUACUCAGUCUUUUACAGGGACAAUUGUACAAUAUUUUCUAUGGGACCAAACUACAAUGGUAGCAUUACUUAGGAUCACUGUUGUAAGAACACAUCAUCAGUAGGGUAAAACUACCCUGUCUUUACAACAGUCUAAUCCCAGAUCACAUUCUUUAUUCGUGGCUGAACAAUCCCAAUGCUUGGUGAAUUCUGCUUCAUGAUGAUAGAAAGAGCAUCAUUGAUGAAUCAAAAAGUGACAUCGCUUUGAAUGCUUGGCCUCCACAAGCCAGUUACAGACACCCCACGUUCAAGAAAUGUACUUUCUACACUUCAAGGAAAAUCAGAAAGCUCAAAAAUGUUUGAAAAUAGAUAAAUAUAUUUCUGUGUUACAAAGAGAUCAGAAAUAGAUCAUCGUUCUGUAUUUAUUCCCUGAAGUAUGGAAAUGAAAAAGGCAUUUUUAUCAAAUUUUCAAAGAAAAGGGGGAAGCUGAACUCCUUAAGUUCCAUAUAUUUCAUUCAUUUACUAUUCUAGUAUAAACUCAAGGCUACCUAGAAAUAGAUUUUUUUAAAGUAAUAUUUGCUAAGAGACUCCCUUCUUGAACUCUGAACCUGAACUACAGGAUUAUCCUAGAUUUUAAGGAUAAGAGAAAUUGAUGUGCACUUUCUGUCUGUUCCAUUUAUUCCAGAGUUUGCAAAAAUAUUUAGCCUGUGAGGGCCUUAAUUAUUCCCUGCAAAGGAGUUAGAAACCUUUUAAUUUGAAGGGUUAACUAAUCCAUGAUGCUCCAGUCUUGUGAUCCAUCCUUACCUGAUGUCCUGUAGCUCAGUGGUUAGAGCACUCGCCUUG